GCUCCGGGUCUUCGCACCCGCCACCCAACCCUAUCAUCCACCCCUGACGUCGGUGCCCCGGAUCAAACGCGAACCCCGUUACCUUCACGCCGGUAAGCAUAAGCCUCCCUUGACCACACGCCAGCAGAUAGACGGCGACACGCGGAACUUUUUAAGAAAAUAUCUCACACAAAUAUCUACUACUGAUACCGUAGGCGAAGUAACGGAGCUGACACGGCGGAGAACGCGACCCCCUCCUCUUCUCUCUGUCAGCUUCGCACCAACGUCUCUCUCGACCGUAAGAUAUCGAUUUUCUCCGCUGGCGGGCGCUUUGGCCUCCGUUAAUUGAAUGCUCCCGCUUAUUCUCCGAAUUUUGAUUGGAAUAUCCUUCGAUUCGGUUGUUCUCCGCCUUUGCCGUAGGCCUUCACCUUCUCGUCUCCCCUCCCUCCUCCCUCGACGUCGCAAUUGGCCCAGUUGUCCGUUGGGAGAGAGCUCUCACGGAUUCCAAGCGGUCGGUCGAGGAGGGAUUCGGGGCUUGAGAUUUGGAUCGGCAAUUCGGCAUCGGUUCUUUCCUUUCUGUGGUUCUUGACGGGAUUUUCUUGGCGGUUCGACAUCGGGGAAGAUUUAUCUGAUCUGAGUGUUUGUAAAGAAUAAAUAUCGCAUUUUGGCGAAAUCUUGAUGGUGUUUCUAUCCCCGGUUUGGGUUUCUCCUUUCCUUUCAUUUUCUCGAUUCGGAGUUUUUGGGAGAAAAUUGAGCUUUUCCGAUCUGGUUGUCUCAUAAUUUCAAGGAAAGAAGCGAUCUUGGUAGGUUUUUGAGGCUUUGAUGCCGUUUUCUUUGGGGUGGGUUUGGUUAUUUCACUGGGCGCUCUAAUUUUUGUCGAGGGUUGCUUCUUGGGCGGUAUCUUGUGAUGCUGGAGGGCUUCUAGCGAUUGGGUCGCGGUUUUAUGAUCUGGGACUCCUGGAAGGUGCGAUUUUGGGGAAGAUGUAUGCAGUGGAGAAGCUGAGCAGCUACAUCACCCGGGGUGUGUACACCGUCUCGGGGCCUUUCCACCCUUUCGGAGGAGCUGUGGACAUAAUUGUAGUUCAGCAGCAGGAUGGGAGCUUCAAGACCUCGCCAUGGUACGUUCGAUUCGGGAAAUUUCAAGGUGUGUUGAAGGCGAAGGAGAAAGUUGUCAGCAUAUCUGUCAAUGGAGUGGAAGCUGGAUUCCACAUGUACUUGGAUCAUAAAGGUGAAGCCUAUUUCCUCAGGGAGUUUGAUGCCGGAGAAGGAGACUUAGUUGUGUCUCCCACAUCCUCUGGAGACGAGACCGAUGAGAAGAUGCUUAAUGGGCGGUUGAAGAGUAUCCAGAGCUGUGAUUUUGAUGCUGCUCGGAGAGAGCCAAUUAGCCAGAUGGAUGUGGGGAAUAGAAAGAUUGUCAAGCGAACAAGUUCAAGGCGCUCAACAAUUUUUGGCCUUAUGUUUGGACGGAAGUCUAUGAAGGAUAAUGACCAGGGGAGUAUUGUGGAGAGGGUAAAUUCGCUUGAGCGUGCGGAGAUUGCAGCUGACCUCUUGGAAGCGAAGUGGUCGACCAAUCUCCCAACCAAUAACCGGAGGACAAACAAUUCUCCUGGAACACGAUCUGAAGGUGAAAAUAAAGAUGCGAGUGCGAUUGACAAAGAACAAUCACGACAAAUACCUUCCAACAAAGCCUCUGGUCAUGAUGAUAUGAUUAAUUCUCAUAGUGAGAACCUUGACGAUAAUUUUUGGAGCAGUAAUGCGAGUGAAAGUCAUUUAGAAGAGAUGAUUAAGCAUGAUUCUCCAUGUACAAGAGUUGAUGAGGAGGUUAUAGAGUUUUACACAUCAAAUGGCAAUGUAGCUGAGGGGAGUGAGUUGAUCUUCGAUGAAGUUGCUCCAGAAUCAAAAGAUCCUGAUGCUAGUAGCCAAAGUCAUGGUACGUUCAAAGAUUCAACGGAUUCUCAUAGUGAGGUAUUGGGUGAUAGUUUUGGAAAUGAUAUGAAGCAUUUUGAAGAGAUAAAUUCCCAUGAGAAGGUUGUUGAGAUUUACAGUUUAGAGACCGGCAAGACAGAUGACAAGAGUAAGGUAAUAUCUGAAUUAUUAAGAAUAGAAUCGAAUCAAACUGAUGUUCAAAGUCCUGGUUCUGUUGCUCUUUCUCAUGAUACAGGACAGUCAUUGAAUGAAAUAUGUAAAGAUUCAACCAAUGAUUUUUCUGUUCUGGAAAAUGAUGAGGAGAAAACUACUUUCAGCUACUGUGAAACUAUAGAAAGCUCAACCCUAAGGUUCAAUGUUUCUAAUGGCCGAGCUCUUGAUGCUGUGGACCUCCUUUCAGGUGGGGGUCGACAGGGAGAGGAAACUUCUGAAGUUCAGUGUGACACAAGUGAACGGAUCCUGGCUGUAAAGUCACAACAAGAAUCAGGUGCGUGCACAAGUAAUGAAAAUUUGAGUGGAUGUCAUGACCAGCAUUUGGAGAUUUCCAGAGUUGAGGUAUCUUCUGUCUCUCAAAACAAUCAGUCUGACUGUCCAAAUAAUGCUGACUCUCCUCCCACUGUGGCUUCUGUACGAACUUUGAAUGGCUUUCAUUCUUUGCCUGAUGGAGUCUUGGAGGUGGAAGAAACAAGUAAUAACCAAAUUGUUUACUCUGGGAAUGAAACUCAGAUGGAGGAAGGAGAGACUACAGACUUCAUUCAGGUCCAGCGACUUGACUCUGCUGAUCAAGUCAAAGAGCUAGAAAAUGUUGGGAAGGGAGUUAGUGUGAAUGAAUCCUGUAACUCAAAUGGUGUUAAUAAUGCUCAGGAAUACAGUGUUGUAUCUAGGUCUGUAAAGGAAACAAUAGCAACUGUCCUGUCCCCUGAGGGCUCAGAGGAUGAUCAGUUCCCAUUCAGCGAUACUGACAGUUUUGCUGCUAAAGAAAUUGGCCCUGAGUUAUCACUUGAUGACACAGCAGUUGAAACAGAAGAUCACCAAAUGGUCACUGCAGAAGCUGAUGUCAAGGAGCCUGAAUUGAAGGACAUAGAAAAUGAGCAAUCGUUUGAACGCUUUUGUGAUAUGUCAAGGCCUCAUACAAGUCCAAUAACUAUUCCUGGAAGCCGGACAAAUGAGUCAGGAAAUGAACUGCUAGCAAGAUCUUUACCCAAUAUCCGUUCUGACAUUCAUGAUCUUGAAGGGUUCAAUCUACUUCAUCCACUAAGUUGCUCACUCAAUUCAAAAUCUACAAGCAAUGUGCUGGAUUUACUUGAGAAGAAAUGUCCUAACUCUUUGAAGGCAGAUUCUCAACACAGUAGGGAGCAAGGUCGGGUUACACCUGAAUUUGUUGCUACAGACAUUGAUGUUGAAAAUAAGGGAGAGCGGGAGGGCACUUUAAUCAGCCCUGUUGUUGAGUUAUCCCUCUGCAAACACUUGUUGUUUGAAGGGAUGGGGGCUGAUGCAGCUUGUCAAGUAUUUAAUUCUGAAAAAGUGAAUUUAGAGAAAUUUUGUGCAUUGGGCCCAUCACUUGUGAAGAAUGAUAAACUAGUCAUCAAAAUUGGCAAUCAUUAUUAUCCAUGGGAUGCAGCUGCACCAAUCAUUUUGGGAAUGGUUUCUUUUGGUCAGGAGCAAAUAUUUAAAACUCAAGGUAUGAUACCUGUCGACCGAGAUGAGAAAAAUAUCAAAGGGGAUAACUCAAGAGCCAUAGUACCAACUGGGGUUAGCUGGAGGCUUUGGCCAUUCAAUUUUAAAAGAUCAAGAACCAUAAGCACCAUACAUGUAGCCCGUGAAGGUUUCAAUGAAACAGAUAGAGAUUCUGCUUCUGAGAAGACAGAAAGCCUGACUGCAGAAAAUGACAUGCUGAAAGCCAGGAGUACGAAAAAGAAGGUGCGAUCACUUACUCCAACAUCGGAACAGCUUUCCUCCUUGAAUCUUAAGGAGGGUCGGAAUGUCAUAACAUUUAGUUUCUCCACUGCAAUGCUUGGGCAACAGCAGGUGGAUGCUAGCAUAUAUCUAUGGAAAUGGAAUACUCGCAUAGUUAUCUCAGAUGUCGAUGGAACAAUUACCAAAUCCGAUGUUCUUGGACAGUUCAUGCCUCUGGUAGGUGUAGAUUGGUCCCAGACUGGUGUUGCACAUCUAUUUUCUGCAAUUAAGGAGAAUGGAUAUCAAUUGCUCUUUCUAAGUGCACGUGCAAUUUCACAGGCCCAUCUAACAAGACAGUUCCUUUUCAACCUUAAACAGGAUGGGAAAGUGCUCCCUGAUGGUCCGGUUGUUAUAUCUCCAGAUGGACUCUUCCCUUCACUUUACAGAGAAGUUAUCAGAAGAGCUCCUCAUGAAUUCAAGAUCUCAUGCCUAGAGGAAAUUAGAGCAUUAUUUCCUCCUGAUUGCAACCCAUUCUAUGCUGGCUUUGGAAACAGAGACACUGAUGAAAUUAGCUACCUUAAAGUUGGAAUUCCUAUAGGAAAGAUCUUCAUAAUCAAUCCCAAGGGUGAAGUCGCAGUGAACCGUCGAGUUGAUACAAAGUCAUAUACCUCCCUUCAUGCAUUGGCCAAUGGGAUGUUUCCUCCCAUGUCCUCAGCCGAGCAGGAGGACUAUAAUUCCUGGAAUUACUGGAAGUUGCCUCUUCCUGAAGUUGAUGUUUGAACCUAACUAUUUCCUCGCAUGAGGAUUUGAACUAACCACGUGGAGUUCAAAACUGGAGAAUGCUUGCAAGCAUCACUCAAGAACCUUCAGACUUCUGCAGGCCAAUCACUGGUUGGGUAUGGCAAAAGCACGAUUGAUCAUCUGCUGGACAUGGAACAUACACAUUAAGGAGUUGCAGAGGCAGAUCCAUUGUGCGAUGAAUUUGUAUGCUUGCACUGUGAGGUUACACAAGCAAUGUAAUUAUUCCUUUUCAUUCAUUAUCUAACAUGUGGAAAGAAACAGAAUAGCUGCAAACAUAUGUAACAUCAAUUCCAUUCUUAUUAGCCAUCACUUCGGUGUAACUUUGUACUACGUCAAACAUCAACAUGCUUCAGAAUUAGUAAAGGAGUAUACACGAUGAUGUCAUCUUUAAGUUUUA